AAAUAUUAAUUAAUUAACUCAUUUACGAAAAAACAAAGGGAACUAAUCGUCGUUUCCUUUUUAUCAUCUUCUCUAGAUCCCUUUACCUCUCCAAUAAAUACUUUCAAACACCAAAGACAAAAAUAAAGGCUUCAGUUUUCUAAAGACUAAAGAAGAUUUUUUUUUCUUUUUUUUUUUAAAUUUUCAGUUUGGCUUUUUGCAGAUUCAAAUGGUUGUGGGAGAGAUUUAAAAUCCUACACUGUUUGGGGGAAAGAGACAGAGAGAUAGGCUUGCUCUGCUAUGGGUCUUUGCACUUCCAAACCAUCCCCAAACCCUUCUUUUCCUCCUGAUUCAAGGAAUACUCCUAUCCAUCCCCGGAAUAAAGAUAUCCACCAUAAGUCUAACUCGGUUCCAGCUUCGCCUUUGCCUGAUGUAGUAAAUGGUAACCACAACCACAACUUAGAUCAAGCUAAAGGAACAGAAGAAAAGGAAAGUUCGAAUUCCAACAAUGAAGGUAAGAAGUCGCCCUUUUUUCCGUUUUAUAGUCCUAGUCCAGCUCACUACUUGUUCUCCAAGAAGUCUCCAGCGAGAUCUUCGGCCAAUUCCACUCCGAAACGGUUUUUCAGGAAGCCGUUCCCUCCGCCUUCUCCGGCCAAGCAUAUUAGGGCAGUUCUUGCUCGACGGCACGGGUCUGUGAAGCCGAAUGAGUCCGCCAUACCGGAAGGAAGUGAGGCGGACGGUGAUGGUGCGGCGGGAGCCACCGUUGCUGUACUGGAUAAGAGCUUCGGCUUUUCGAAGCAUUUUGGGAGCAAGUAUGAGCUUGGAGAAGAGGUAGGGAGAGGCCAUUUCGGUUACACUUGUGCGGCGAAGUUUAAGAAAGGAGAGCUUAAAGGGCAGCAAGUUGCCGUUAAAGUGAUACCUAAAGCGAAGAUGACUACAGCGAUCGCCAUUGAGGAUGUUAGAAGGGAGGUAAAGAUAUUGAGAGCUCUGUCUGGACAUAACAAUCUAGUACAAUUCUAUGAUGCCUACGAGGACCACGAUAAUGUAUAUAUAGUAAUGGAAUUAUGUGAAGGAGGCGAACUCUUGGACAGAAUUCUUUCAAGGGGUGGAAAAUACACUGAGGAUGAUGCAAAAGAUGUGAUGAUUCAGAUACUUAAUGUAGUUUCCUUUUGCCAUCUGCAGGGUGUUGUGCACCGCGAUCUUAAACCUGAGAAUUUCUUGUUUACAUCAAAGGAUGAAAAUUCACAAUUGAAGGCCAUAGAUUUUGGCUUGUCAGAUUUUGUGAAACCAGAUGAAAGGCUUAAUGACAUCGUUGGUAGUGCAUACUAUGUAGCACCAGAAGUUCUACAUAGGUCUUACAGUACAGAAGCAGACGUCUGGAGUAUAGGUGUGAUUGCAUAUAUUUUGUUGUGUGGUAGUCGGCCAUUUUGGGCCCGAACAGAGUCUGGGAUUUUUCGGGCUGUUCUAAAAGCUGAUCCAAGUUUUGAUGAAGCACCCUGGCCAGCUCUAUCUUCUGAGGCAAGGGAUUUUGUGAAACGCUUACUGAACAAGGACCCAAGGAAAAGACUGACUGCAGCCCAAGCCUUGAGUCAUCCCUGGAUAAAAAAUUAUAACGAUGUGAAAGUACCCUUGGAUAUACUUAUAUUCAAACUCAUGAAGGCUUACCUGCGCUCUUCAUCUCUUCGGAAAGCUGCAUUAAGGGUACUGUCUAAAACUUUGACUGUGGAUGAGCUAUUUUACUUGAAGGAGCAGUUUGCACUAUUGGAACCAAACAAAAAUGGAACUAUAAGCUUGGAAAAUAUUAAAGUGGCCCUGAUGAGAAAUGCAACAGAUGCUAUGAAGGAGUCUCGCAUCCCUGAAUUUCUAGCAUCCCUAAGCGCACUUCAAUACAGAAGGAUGGACUUCGAUGAAUUCUGUGCAGCUGCAUUAAGUGUUCAUCAGCUGGAGGCACUUGAUCGAUGGGAACAACAUGCUCGUUGUGCUUAUGAGCUUUUUGAGAAGGAUGGAAAUAGAGCCAUUGUCAUUGAUGAGUUAGCUUCGGAACUCGGACUGAGCCCAUCCGUGCCUGUCCAUGCUGUCCUCCAUGACUGGAUUCGGCAUACUGAUGGGAAGCUAAGUUUUCUUGGAUUCAUUAAAUUAUUGCACGGUGUAUCUAGCCGAACCUUUGCAAAAGCUCAAUAGAAGUUGUAAAACAUCUGCAAGAGCUCAAAGAAUUGCAUCUUAGUUUUAGCCUGAAUAUGAUAAUGGUGUAAGGAAUGUUGCCACGCAAUUGACAGCCCUGGCGGUUUGGUUUUGGCUAUUUCAUUUGUCUGGCACAAGCUUUUAUAUAUAAAAAAAAACGUGAUUGAAGCCAUGAACCUGGUGCAUCUGCAAUUUAACAUGGGACAGAAGUGUAAGAAUUUUAUGUUUUCAACUGUAAAGUUGUAGUUAAAGAAAA